AUGCAGUUUUCCACCAGCUUUCUCCUCUUCGCCCUUCCCUUUCUCGCCGCCGCCGCACCAGCAGACCUCCACGCUGAGCCCAUCAAGAACAUCGAAACUCGCAACGUCCCCGGCUGCGUCGUCCGGUCCGAGUGGGGCGGCGAAUGGACCGAGGGUGGCCUCGCCCGCUACCGCACUAAGUUCACUGCCGCCGAGCUCCCCUCCGCCGACGUCUGUGAUGUUCCCUACUUUACUUGUUUGGCUAUGAGCAACCGCCAGUGCUGGACUGAAGGUGAUACCACCUUUGUGGAUGGAAGUUAUGUCAAGGGCGCCGGCUUUGAUAGCUACAAGGCGUGCCUUCAGAAUGCGAAGCAGCAGUGGGCGAAGGAUAACGGGUGUGCUUGCGAAGGAGAGUUCUGCUAA